GCAAAAAUGUGAUUUUAAAGAAAAAUAUAAAUAACACAUAAAUAAUACAGUUUUAAUUAUGUGUUACCAUUACAUUGCUUAAAAAAACGAAUAAUGAUGAGGGUAUUAGUCAAACGAGAACUGGGGCUAAUCACCCAGUUGCUGGCUCCGGUUAAUGUACAAUCGACUCGAUAUACGACCAAAUCUACUUCCUCAUGUGAUGCCACGUCUUCUGGCCAUUCAAUAUUACCAGCAACUCAGUUGAAAGAUAUUUGUAUGCCUGUUAGUAAAGCCAAUGUGAUAGUUCCGGCUUCAAAUGUAACAUUACCCGAUUAUAAUACCUCUUGGUUACCGAGUCCAUGCGAUGACACUGGGAAAACAAUCAGUCAAUACAAAAAACUUUCAAAAUUUCGGCUUACAUCUCUGGUUGUUAUUACCACAAUGGGUGGAUAUGCGAUGGCACCUGCUGCGUUCGAUCCUAGUUCCUUUGCUAUGUGCACCUUGGGAACAGGAUUGAUUUCAGCUGCAGCUAAUGCUAUAAAUCAAUAUCAUGAAGUUCCUUUCGAUUCCCAAAUGUCGAGAACCAAAAACCGUUUGCUUGUUACAGGCCAAGUUACUCCACUUAAAGCAGUUACCUUUGCCGCUGUGUCCGCUUCAACUGGACUGUGUAUGUUGUAUUUUGGUGUUAAUGGUCUAACAGCGGCACUAGGAGCUGGAAAUCUUUUCCUUUACACAUCUAUAUAUACACCAAUGAAGCGAAUAAGUAUAGUCAACACGUGGAUAGGAUCAGUCGUCGGCGCAAUUCCACCUUUAAUGGGCUGGGCCGGUUGUGCCGGAACUCUUGAUGCAGGAGCAAUGAUACUGGCUGGAGUACUAUUUGCGUGGCAGUUCCCUCAUUUUAAUGCUCUUUCAUGGAAUCUGCGACCAGAUUACUCUCGCGCCGGGUAUCGCAUGAUGGCGGUUACAAAUCCGAGUCUGUGUCGUCGUACAGCGUUGCGAUAUUCACUAGCUAUUGUCGGACUUUCAGCGAUGGCGCCGGUUCUAGACGUUACAAACUAUUGGUUUGCUUUGGAAACACUUCCUUUGAACGCGUAUUUCGCAUACUUGGCUUAUAAAUUUUAUAAAAAAUCAGACAGCAAAAGCUCGAGAAGCCUUUUUAGAUUUUCGCUACUGCACUUGCCAGCCCUGAUGCUAUUAUUUUUGGCAAAUAAAAAGAAUUGGUUUUUCAACAAGUCUGUGGAAGAGGAAACAAAAGAUUCAAACGUUAUGGUAUUGAAGCCAUCAAAAACAGCAACAAGCCUUGGAAAUGUUUUACCUGUCGCUGUGGCUGAAGGACCUAGAUAAUUUUACAGAAUUUCUGUAUUAUAGACAUUGUAAAAACUUAAUUUAUAAUUAAAUAUAAUUUAAACUAGUCCUUUGAUAUUUAAAAA